AUGCACUGGAACAAGAACAUUAUCGCGCUUAAGGCCCAGGGCAAGACCAUCCAGGUCUUUGACCUCCAGGCAAAGCAGAAGCUCAAGUCGGCAGUCAUGACUGAAGAUGUUGUCUUCUGGAAGUGGUACAGUGAGACAAGUAUUGGCUUGAUCACUGAGUCCUCGGUUUACCACUGGAACGUCUUUGACCCGACUCAGCAUGCUCCUCUUAAGAUGUUCGACCGGAUUGCAAAUCUCGCGAGCUGCCAAAUUAUUAGCUAUCGUGUUAAUGAGGAGGAAAAGUGGAUGGUGGUUGUUGGUAUCAGUCAACAGCAAGGACGGAUAGUAGGAACAAUGCAGCUCCAUUCGGUUGAACGAGGCAUAUCUCAACACAUCGAAGGCCAUGCCGCCGCCUUUGCUACCAUCAAGGUCGACGGAUCACCCUUACCUCAUAAACUCUUCACCUUCGCUGUCAGAACCGCAACCGGUGCCAAACUUCAGAUUGCAGAGAUCGAUCACCAGGAGCCCAACCCUAAGUUCCAGAAGAAGGCUGUUGAGGUUUACUUCCCACAGGAGGCUACCAAUGACUUCCCAGUUGCCAUGCAGGUUUCUGAGAAAUACGAUGUUGUCUAUCUUAUCACCAAGUUCGGCUUCAUCCACCUCUAUGACCUCGAGACUGGUACAUGCAUCUUCAUGAACCGCAUUUCCAGCGAAACCAUCUUCGUUACCACACCAAACUCAGAUUCUACUGGUAUUGUCGGUGUCAACCGGAAGGGUCAGGUCCUCUCUGUCAGUGUGGACGAAGGCACCAUCAUUCCAUAUCUCCUUGAAAACCCAGCAAACACAUCUCUGGCUGUUAAGCUUGCAUCCAAGGCUGGCCUUCCGGGUGCAGAUAAUCUUCUUCAGAGACAGUUUGAACAGCUCCUAUCUCAAGGAAACUAUGCAGAGGCUGCCAAAAUCGCCGCCAAUUCGCCCCGGGGGUUCCUGCGAACUGCAGACACUAUCAACCGCCUAAAGGCUGUAUCACAGUCAGGUCAGGGCAUGUCUGUAAUCCUCCAAUAUUUCGGAAUGCUUCUUGACAAGGGAUCUCUAAACGUAUACGAGAGUGUUGAAUUGACUAGACCUGUCUUGCAGCAAAACCGAAAACAUCUCCUUGAGAAGUGGCUCGGCGAGGAUAAGCUGGAAUGCUCCGAGGAGCUAGGUGACAUCGUUCGGCCACACGACAUGAACAUUGCUUUGAACAUCUACCUCAAGGCCAAUGUUCCCCACAAGGUCGUUGCUGGCUUCGCAGAGACUGGUCAAUUCGACAAGAUCCUGGCUUACUCCAAGCAAGUCGGCUAUCAACCUGACUAUGUCCAGCUUCUACAGCAUAUUGUCCGAGUUAACCCAGAGAAGUGUGCAGAGUUUGCUGGUCAGCUUGCAAACGAUGACAGCGGUGCCCUCGUUGAUCUUGACCGUGUUGUCGAUGUCUUCGUCUCUCAAAACAUGAUCCAGCAAGCUACUGCAUUCUUGUUGGAUGCUCUCAAGGACAACAAGCCUGAGCAUGCUAAGCUUCAGACUAGGCUGCUAGAGAUGAACCUUGUCAACGCUCCUCAGGUCGCCGAUGCUAUCCUGGGUAACGAGAUGUUCACCCACUACGACAAGGCUAGGAUCUCACAACUCUGCGAGAACGCAGGUCUCUAUCAGCGUGCGCUCGAGAACACUGAUGAUUCCACAGUCAUUAUGCGCAACAUUGUCCGCACGGACAAACUGAACCCCGAAUGGUUGAUAGAAUUCUUUGGCCGCCUUUCAGUGGAACAGUCCCUGGAAUGUAUGAACGAGAUGCUUCACUCAAACCUCCGUCAAAAUCUUCAAGCUGUUGUUCAAAUCGCUACCAAAUUCUCUGACCUUUUGGGACCUACCAACCUCAUCCAAUUGCUUGAGAAAUACCGAACUGCCGAGGGUCUCUACUACUACCUUGGCAGCAUCGUCAACCUUAGUGAGGAUGCCGAUGUUCACUUUAAGUAUAUAGAGGCCGCUACUCGCAUGGGCCAGAUGACCGAAGUCGAGCGUAUUUGCCGCGACAGCAACUACUACAAUCCUGAGAAGGUCAAGAAUUUCCUCAAGGAGGCCAAGCUCGCUGAACAACUUCCUUUGAUUACUGUUUGCGAUCGAUUCAACUUUGUCCAUGAUCUAGUUCUGUACCUCUACCAGAACCAGCAGUAUUCUUCGAUCGAAGUUUACGUUCAAAGGGUCAACCCAUCAAGGACUCCCGCUGUUGUCGGUGGCCUGCUUGACGUGGACUGUGAUGAGUCUAUUAUCAAGAACCUUCUCACUACUGUUGACCCAGCUUCUAUCCCAAUUGAUGAGCUUGUCGCUGAGGUAGAGAAGAGAAAUAGACUGAAGAUUCUUUUGCCAUUCCUAGAGAACACUCUCAGCACCGGUAACCAACAGCAAGCAGUGUACAAUGCCUUGGCCAAGAUAUACAUUGACAGCAACAACAACCCCGAGAAGUUCCUCAAGGAGAACGACCUCUAUGAUACUCUAACUGUCGGAAAGUACUGUGAGAAGCGAGACCCUAACCUUGCAUAUAUUGCAUACCGCAAAGGCCAGAAUGAUCUUGAGCUUAUCAACAUCACCAACGACAACUCGAUGUAUCGUGCUCAAGCCAGGUAUCUACUUGAGCGAGCUGAUGGUGAAAUUUGGGCCUUUGUUUUGAACGGAAACAACAUUCACAGACGGUCCCUUGUUGACCAGGUUAUUGCCACUGCCGUCCCAGAGUCUUCUGAGCCAGACAAGGUGUCAGUAGCAGUCAAGGCCUUCCUUGAAGCAGACCUGCCGACAGAACUCAUUGAGUUGCUGGAGAAGAUCAUCCUGGAGCCGUCUCCCUUCAGUGAUAACAGCAGUUUGCAGAACUUGCUGAUGCUCACCGCUGCCAAGGCUGAUAAGAGCAAGCUGAUGGACUACAUCCACAAGCUUACAGAAUUCAAUGCUGAUGAGAUUGCGGGAAUGUGUCUGUCUGUUGGCCUGUACGAAGAAGCCUUCGAGAUUUACAAGAAGGUUGAGAACCACCCUGCUGCCACCAAUGUUCUCGUGGAACACAUUGUCAGCAUCGACCGUGCUCAGGACUAUGCUGAGCGUGUUGAACUUCCCGAAGUAUGGAGCAAGGUCGCCAAAGCUCAAUUGGAUGGCCUUCGCAUCUCCGAUUCUAUCGCUUCAUAUAUUCGUGCCGGAGACCCUUCAAACUACAAUGAAGUUAUCGAAACCGCUACCCAUGCUGGCAAGGAUGAGGACCUCAUUGAAUAUCUCAAGAUGGCCCGCAAGACUCUUCGAGAGCCUGCUGUCGAUACUGCCAUGGCCUUCAGCUUUGCUAGACUCGACAAGCUUUCCGAGCUUGACGAUUUCCUCCGUGGAAUCAAUGUUGCUGAUGUUGAAGCUUCCGGUGACAAGGCCUAUGCCGAGGGAUACCACCAAGCUGCAAAGAUAUUCUUCACCAGCAUCUCCAACUGGGCAAAGCUUGCAACUACACUUGUCCAUCUCGAGGACUACCAAGCUGCUGUUGAGUGUGCUCGCAAGGGCAACAGCGUCAAGGUCUGGAAGGAGGUUAACGCAGCCUGCGUUGCCAAGAAGGAAUUCCGCCUUGCUCAGAUUUGCGGCUUGAACCUGAUCGUGCAUGCUGAGGAGCUACAAGAUCUGGUCCGCCAGUAUGAGCGUAAUGGCUACUUCGACGAGCUCAUUGCUCUGCUUGAGGCCGGUCUUGGUCUUGAGAGAGCCCACAUGGGUAUGUUCACUGAGCUAGGAAUUGCCCUGUCGAAGUACCAUCCAGACCGUGUGAUGGAGCACCUCAAGUUGUUCUGGACCCGAAUCAACAUUCCCAAGAUGAUUCGCGCGUGCGAGGAAGCCAACCUAUGGCCCGAGCUAGUUUUCCUUUACUGCCACUACGACGAAUGGGAUAACGCGGCGCUAGCAAUGAUGGAGCGAGCAGCCGAUUCGUGGGAGCAUCACUCUUUCAAGGAUAUUGUUGUUAAGGUUGCCAACCUGGAGAUCUACUACCGUGCCCUGAACUUUUAUCUGCAAGAACAACCCCUGCUGCUGACGGACCUACUCCAAGUCCUUACUCCCCGCAUCGACGUCAACCGGGUUGUUCGCAUGUUUGAGAAGUCUGACAACAUCCCCUUGAUCAAGCCAUUCCUUCUCAAUGUACAGCCACAGAACAAGCGUGCGGUCAAUAAUGCCAUUAACGACCUGUUAAUUGAAGAAGAAGAUCACAAGACUCUGCGAGACUCGGUUGAGAACCAUGACAACUACGAUCCCGUCGACCUGGCGCAGAGGCUGGAGAAACACGAGCUUGUAUUCUUCCGCCAGAUUGCAGCCAACAUCUACCGCAAGAACAAGCGAUGGGAGAAGUCCAUCGCCCUCUCGAAGCAGGACAAGCUGUUCAAGGAUGCUAUCGAGACCGCUGCGAUCUCAGGCAAGCCCGAGGUUGUCGAGGAGCUGUUGCGCUACUUCGUCGACAUUGGUAGCCGUGAGUGCUACGUGGGCAUGCUAUACGCCUGCUACGAGCUUAUCCGCCCCGAUGUGGUAUUGGAAAUGUCGUGGCGCCAUGGCCUCCAUGACUUCACGAUGCCUUACAUGAUCAACAUGCUGAGCCAGCAAGUGCAGACCAUUGAGAUGUUGAAGAAGGACAAUGAGGAGCGUAAGGCGAAGGAAGCCUCUCAGCAGAAGGAAGAGGACAACACGCCCAUCCUCGGAGGCUCGAGACUGAUGCUGACGCAAGGUCCCAGCGGGUCAAUGGGAGGGGGUGCACCGUCGAUGUUUGGACAGCAGACCAACGGCAUAACCCCCCAGCCAACCGGCUUCCGGCCAUUCUAA